CAACCAGCAGACCUGUCAUUGAAGCAGGAUCCCAGAUCUCUGACUUUGAUGCAGCUUUGAUGCGAGCCAGAGUCUCUAUCACAGAUGAGAAGAGUAUUGUUUUAGGUGGCUCUCCGCCGAGAAGACAUUCAUUAAUCGAGCCGCCAGGGCAUGAAGGAUCAAGCCUGGCCUACUACCACACUGUCAGUCUGCCAGAUGAGGAUCUUAUUUUAAGCUUGGCUGCAAAAGAUCUUGUUCAGAUUCUGGGUCUAAAGGAUCCAUCACUACUUGAUGAUCGUAUUACUCUGAGCUGUGUACGAGCAGGCAGCAUAUUCUGUAAACAAGGGGAUCAGGAUACCAGUUUGUUUUUCUUGGUGAAGGGGACAGUCAGCGUGCUACAGAAUGUGGUUGGCGAAUCAUCUAAAGAGGCACUCAUGUUCCAUGCUGAGCCAGGAGAAAUCAUAGAUGUCCUGGCAGUGCUAACAGGCGAACCUUCCUUCUUCACCAUGAGAGCCAAGACUGACGCCAUCAUGGUGGUCAUCUCCAAGCCUAAUUUUUAUCAAAUCAUGAGGGCCGAACCUUUUAUGGUCCUGAAUGUGGCCCACUGCACUGCCAAGCGAAUCUCCACAUUUGUCCGGGAAAUAGACUUUGCUGUUGACUGGCAGAUGCUCGAAGCUGGGAAAGCUCUGUUUAGACAAGGAGAUCCAAGUGAAAGCAUAUACAUAGUGCUGACGGGCCGGCUGCGGUCAGUCCUCACCACGGUGGGAGGCAAGAAGGAGCUGGUCGGGGAAUUUGGCCGAGGAGAGCUUGUUGGGAUUGUGGAAGUCCUGACACAGACAGAAAGAGCAACAACAGUUUUGGCUAUCAGAGAUACAGAACUAACCAAAAUCCCAUCUGAGCUUUUGAACCUGAUCAAACUACGCUACCCACAAGUGGUGACCAGACUGAUCCAUCUCCUGGGAACAAGGAUCCUUGGCAACAUCCAGCAGAAGAACACAGUGAGCCUCACUACAGGUCUUCCAUUCCACAGUGAUUCCUAUAAAAAGAUGGAGAGAAGCACAGUUGACAAUCUGGCAACAAUUGCUAUAGUGCCUAUCACAGAGGAUGUGCCACUGACCAACUUUGCUCUUGAGCUGCAGCAUGCAUUGUUGAGCAUUGGUCCGACUGUACGGUUGACACCAGAUAUUGUCAAAGCCAGGCUUGGUACAGCUGCUUUAGAGGGGGUGAAUGAGUACCGGCUCUUCAGUUGGCUGAGCCAGCAAGAGGAUAUCCAUCGAAUGGUGCUCUACCAGUGCGAUUACCAACUGAGCAAGUGGAGCAAGCAUUGUCUGAGGCAGGCAGACUGCAUCCUUAUUGUUGGUUUGGCAGAUAAAGAACCCACUAUAGGGCCUAUUGAGAAGGAGUUGGAGAGCAUUGCUGUACGGGCACAGAAAGAAUUAGUUCUGCUGCAUAAAGAGGAUGCGGAGACGGCCAGAAAUACCAGUGAGUGGUUGAAUGUUAGAGGCUGGCUGUCGUCUCACCACCACAUCCGCUGUCCUAAAAGAGUGUUCAAAGUCAAGAAUCCAGCCAAAACAUUGGACUUGUAUGAACGUUUGUUUGAGAGACCAGCUGACAGAAUGGCUGAUUUUUCCCGCCUUGCUCGCUUUCUUACAGGCACCUCCAUUGGGCUGGUUCUAGGAGGAGGUGGGGCCAGAGGGCUGGCUCAUGUUGGCAUGAUACAGGCAAUGCAGGAAGAAGGCAUCCCUAUUGAUAUGAUUGGAGGUACAAGUAUUGGGUCCUUCAUUGGUGCUCUGUGGGCUGAGGAAAGAGGCUACGUCAGGUUCAAACAGAGGGCCAGGGAAUGGGCCAUGGGUAUGACUUCUUUAUGGAAAAAGAUUUGGGAUCUGACUUACCCUGUUGCAUCCAUGUUCACAGGUUGGGCUUUCAAUGAGUCUAUAGAAAGUGUGUUCCAUGACCGUCAGAUUGAAGACUUGUGGAUCCCAUAUUUCUGUAUAACAACAAACAUAUCUAACUCCACCAUGAGAGUCCAUUCUGCAGGAAGUGUCUGGCGCUAUGUACGAGCCAGCAUGUCCCUCUCUGGCUACCUGCCUCCUUUAUGUGACCCUGUAGAUGGACACUUGUUGUUGGACGGUGGCUAUGUCAACAAUCUCCCAGCUGAUGUGAUGCACAGCCUGGGUGCCAAGUUUGUCUUUGCGGUGGAUGUGGGCAGUCAGGAUGAGACAGACCUCACCAACUACGGGGAUUACUUGUCUGGCUGGUGGCUGCUGUGGAAACGAUGGAACCCUUGGGCUAAAACUGUCAGGGUGCCAGACAUGACUGAAAUACAGACCAGGUUAGCUUAUGUGUCUUGUGUCCGGCAGUUGGAGGUAGUGAAGAACUCUGACUACUGCGAGUACAUUAGGCCACCUAUUGAUAGAUUUGCCACUUUACAAUUUGGCAGCUAUGAUGAAAUAGCAGAGACUGGCUACCAUCACGGAAAGACUCUUUUCUCUGCCUGGAGCAAGGGAGGACUGCUAGACAAACUGUUCCUGGAGACAGCACCUCCAUCCAAUGAAGCCAGGGCCCACAAAGACAAGAGUCAUGUGCCAGUGAUGGCUUACUUUACAGACUUGGCAGAACAGGUUUCCAAAAUUGAAAAGCCAAAGAGCAAGUUCUAUUUGCCUGUUGGAGAUUCUGAUGAAGAAGUCAUUGAUGAAAAUGAUGAAUUUGACCCAGCCAUGACCAUGGAGGGAUAUGAAGAGGAUGAUGAGUUUGCUUGCAGUGAUGGGGACGAGGAUGUCAGCGAAGGCAGGGAGGACCAGGCCGGGGGUAAACGCAAGGUGACCUCUUUAGUUUUACUGUCACUCAAUCUGUUGGCUCUCAUAUGUAUAGAGUCAGCGCCAAAAGAUCUGUAUAUACUGUAA